AUGAACAACGUCACCAACGACGACAACAACAACAACGGCAACAACGACAACGGCAUCGCGCCCUACGGGACCAUGGGCGCCGGACGCGCGCGGGCCACCGCCGCCGCCGCCAUACUACCCGCAACCACCGCCGCCACCGCCGUAUCCGCUGCUUCCCCGCGGUCCGCCUCCGCGGCCAUGGCCGCCGGUGCCGCCGCCGCCGCCGCCGCCUCCGCCGCCGUCUCCACCGACGACGACACCUCCGAGGGCGGGACGGCGACCCCGCCGUCGCCGCCGCAGGCACCGCCGCCGGCGGUGAUGACCAUGGCGUCGGAGAGGAACAGCCCGGUCGCCUUCCGGUCCCUGGCCAGCACUCCCCGCAAGGCGCGAAUCCUACUUGGGCUCGAGCAUCACGAUGUCGCCGCCUGCGCGCCGAGCCCUUCAAGUCGGAUCGGGGUCAGGCGCCUGAGCGGCGGGGGGGGCGGGAAGGUAUUACUUCCGUCGGUGGCUUCCGUCGUGGUGGUAGCCUGCGGCCGGCGAUCGAGGCCGCGGAAGAAGCGCUGGCGGCGGCGACGUGUAGCGGUGUCGCCGGUGGAUCGGCACCUCCCCUUCGUCUUGUCCUUCCUAUUCUCCUCGCGGCAUCACGCGUUGCACGGAUCCUGUGGACGACCGCGACGACGCCGCCGCCGCCGCCGCCGUCGCGUGCAUGCUGCCGCCGCCCCCGCCGGAACGGGGGAGGGCCGCCGCGGAAGGACGAGCGAGCUGGUGGCGUACAGACACUCGGCUGGCGCUGCCCCGGUGGACGCCGGAUCCCAUGGAAAGGUACCGCACCCGCGAAGGAGCCGACGCUAG